CAUUAUUAACUUGGAAGUUUUGUCCUACAAUCGCCACUUGCUGGACACAGGUAAUGACACUGUGCAUUUAACACAUGGAUUUAGAUGAGACGAUGAACAUAAUAGCGUAUACGUUUAGCCUAUAAAACCCAACCAAUGGUGGCCACGUAACUAGAAUAAAUCAUUUUAAAACUGAUUUCAUAUAAAUAGCUGGCUUUACGAGCUAAAGAACGUUUUGACAAUGUAUGGUUCCUUUAAAGAGAGAAAAAUACAGGCUCAGACACGGUAAACUGAAAAAAAAUUGUUCAUUUUGAAAUUCUAUACCUACGUCGUCAUCCGGAGACAAUCAAAUCGUUGGCCCAUCUUUGCAGUCCGAAGUGCUGAUUUUAGAGAUUCAAUCUAGUGCGCAUCCAUGACUAGGCGAUUAGAAACUUUUCAUAAUGUGUAUGGUUAUGCAAACGUAUUUAAUACAGCACACACGUUUACGCGCCUAAUCGAAUUGUAUUCUGUAGCCUAGGUCUAUUAAAUCGUGCAGGCUAUUAGUCUAACAAAUGAAAAUUUCCUUAAGGAAACCAUUUGCCAUGCUUCAAGAAUAUAUUAAAUGCCCUGCACAAACCGAUGACACCGCGGACAUAAGAGAGUGCUAAUGUGAAUAUUUAGCCCUUGCAUGCAGUUAGUACAACUGGGCCUGCUCCCGUGUGUGUGUGUGUGCAAAACACUUUCUGGUCGUCUCGUUUUAAAUGAGGCAUUUAAACAGUUCAAAUAUUAAGUUAAAUUAGUUGGAAUAUUUUAACACUGUCAACGCUUAAUUGCUGCAUUAACGUCCCAGCUGUAGAAUAAUCUGUGCGUUAAAAUGAAAAUGAAAUCAUUGACACCAGGCUAUACAGUAAGAACGGCAGUUUCAUUUCACGCUGUAUUAUCCUGAAAUUAAAAUAACGUGCUUAAGUUGAACAUCCAUAUAUUGCACUGUAGAAACUUCCAAAAUCACCGUUGCAACAUAUUUGUGUAAGUCAAUUAUUACUGGUAAUUUAAAUACUAAUGAGAUAAAAAAUGCAUGUUUUGAAAUGUUGAGUGGAUCUACUGACACUUAAAUUCGAAGCCAACGUCAUUGCAACUUCAAUUAGUUACUUUGUCCAGUCAUGUACCAACUUUUAUUUUAUAUCUCAAGAAAUGUGCACGAGAUUUGGCGGUGGUAAAGUAGAGGGAGCUUCCAGAAGCACUUUGUAAUGACAGAAUACAUUUUAAACACAAUACAUGUUAACAAACUGCCCCCGCAACCCACUGAAGCGUACCGCAAUUCUAAUAUCGAAUAGCUUUGCGAAUUUCCAUGAGAAAGCCCUCUGCGAAAGUUCGCCGUGGGACAAACGCCACAGGUUUAUGCUAAUCACUUGCAGAGGAGGGGCGCGGCGGAGCCAUUUUGUAGUCAUUUUAAACUUAACGUGAAAUAAUGAGACACCGCACCACGGAUAAAACGCUGAGGUGAUUUUUCAACCUUUAAACCAUCCGAUGGAAGAUAAAACUAAAACGAUGAAUGGGGACAAGGUGGGUUAAAUUCUCUUACGAGGUGUUUAGCCCACGCGGACCAGUGUGGAUGCAUGGAGUUUUAAACUAUGGAAUUACAAAUGAACUGGAUAUGGGUUGGUUUUCUGUUCCACGUUCCCUUGAUGGGAUGUUUCGAUUUACACCUUUCGGAAACAUCACACCCAGGGGCCGUUGUGGCGAAUUUAUCACAAGGACCCGGUUGGAUUUAUAGUAUCGACAGAACUUUAACUCCGCAAUUAAUUCAGGACUUUGUCCGAAUAGACAACCAAGACGGACUCCUGGUGCUUUCCAGAAAAGUGGUCUGUGCGCGCUUAUCCAGGAACCCCGUGCCACUUCACAUCAUUGUCAGAUCUUCGACUUCUGGGGAUUUUAUUUUAACGCAUUUUAACGUUUAUGUGCACGGCCAGGACUGCUUUAUUAAAUAUAAGAGGAAGAACUUCGCAGGUAAGCACGAUGUCUUUAUAAAUUACUUUCUAAGUGCGGGGACAACUUCCUGCUUUUCUGCAGGUCGUGCGCUCGUGAAUGUAAAGGAACAUUUACCCGUCUUCCUUCGGAAUGUACCCUUUUCCAAUGGGUCUUGUGCAAAAAAUGACUUGAAAGUAUUUUUUAAUAAUGGAAGUUUGACACUGAGAAAAGACCUCUGCUUGCAGUCCGGGCGGCGCGAGGUGGAUUUACUUUGCACUCUGCACGCCUCGUUCACAAACCGCGUCUCCCUGCGUGUGAAAUUGCGGCUCCCCACAGAACCAAGACGGGGAUUGUUUACAGACUCCGGGAAACCGAAUGCUUGGAGGAUUAGAAGGAAAAGAAACGUGAACACGGCUCCUCAAUUUCAGCUGCCCAGCUAUCAGGUGUCCGUCCCGGAGAACGAGCCGGCGGGAACCCGAGUCAUUACGCUCAAGGCUAUCGAUUCGGACGAUGGGGAGUUCGGCAGACUUGAAUACGUCAUGGAGGCUCUGUUCGACAGCAGGUCCAACGAUUAUUUUCAAAUCGACCCGCAGACCGGCGGCAUCACGACGCUACAGCCCUUGGACAGGGAGCUCAAGGACACGCACGUCUUCAAAGUUACGGCGACCGACGGCGGCGCACCCCCGAGGUCGGCCACCGCUUACCUCACGGUCACCGUCAGCGACAAGAACGACCACGGGCCCGUGUUCGAGCAGACGCAGUACCGCGUCAGCAUCCGGGAGAACGUGGAGGUCGGGUUCGAAGUCCUCACGAUCAGGGCGACGGACGCCGACGCGCCCUCCAACGCCAACACGAUUUACAAGAUCGUGAACGACGGAGGGGCGAACUCGGGUUUCGAAAUCGACCCGCGCAACGGCCUGGUGAAGAUCAGGGUCAGCCCGGACAGGGAGACGCUGUCCCAGUACGAGCUCAUAGUGGAGGCCAACGACCAAGGCAAGGAUCCCGGACCCCGCAGCGCCACGGCGACCGUGCACGUGACCGUGGAGGACGAGAACGACAACUACCCGCAGUUCGGCAAGAGGCGCUACGUGGUGCGGGUCCCGGAGAACGUGCCGCUCAACAGCCAGGUGGCCCAGGUGGAGGCCACUGACCGCGACCAGGGCAGCAACGCCCGGGUGCACUACAGCAUCGUCAGCGGCAACCUGCGCGGCCAGUUCCACAUCCACUCGGCCACGGGCGCCAUCGACGUCGUCAACCCGCUCAACUACGAGGACAUCCGGGAGUACAACCUGCGCGUGAAGGCGCAGGACGGCGGGCGGCCCCCCCUCGUCAACGCGACGGGCGCGGUGGUGGUCCAGGUGGUGGACGUCAACGACAACGCCCCCAUGUUCGUCAGCACCCCCUUCCAGGCCAGCGUGCUGGAGAGCGUCGCCGUGGGCCACUCGGUCCUCCACGUCCAGGCCGUCGACUCGGACUCGGGCGACAACGCCCGCCUGGCCUACCGGCUGGUGGGCACCGCGCCGGGCUUCCCGUUCGCCAUCGACAACCGGACCGGGUGGGUCGCCGUGGCGGCGGAGCUGGACCGGGAGACGACGGAGUCCUACGCCUUCGGCGUGGAGGCGCGGGACCACGGCGUCCCCCCGAUGACGUCCUCGGCCAGCGUCAGCGUCACGGUCCUGGACGUGAACGACAACGUCCCGGCCUUCACGCAGAAGGCGUACGAGCUGAGGGUGAGCGAGGACGCGGCGGUCGGGAGCAGCGUGCUGGCGGUCACCGCCGUCGACCGGGACGCCAACAGCGCGGUGACGUACCAGAUCGCCAGCGGCAACACGCGCAACCGCUUCGCCAUCGCCAGCCAGAGCGCCGGCGGGCUCAUCACGCUGGCGCUGCCGCUCGACUACAAGCAGGAGCGGCAGUACGUGCUGACGGUCACCGCCUCGGACGGCUUGCGCUACGACACCGCCCAGGUGUGCGUCAACGUGACCGACGCCAACACCCACCGGCCCGUCUUCCAGAACGCCAACUACCAGGCCACCAUCGGCGAGGACCGGCCCGCGGGCUCCACGGUGGUGACGAUCGUCGCCACGGACGAGGACGCCGGCGAGAACGCCCGGGUCACCUACGCCCUGGAGGACAACGUGCCCCAGUUCCGGAUCGACCCGGACACGGGCACCAUCACCACCCGCACCGAGAUCGACUACGAGGACCAGGCCUCCUACACGCUGGCCGUGGUCGCCCGCGACAACGGCGACCCCCAGAAGUCGGACACCGCGUACGUGGAGGUCGUCGUCCUGGACGCCAACGACAACGCGCCGCAGUUCCUCCAGGGCGCGUACCGGGCGAGCGUGCCCGAGGACGCCGAGGUCCACACCAGCGUGGUCCAGGUCGCCGCCUCCGACCGCGACUCGGGCUCCAACGGCCGGGUGAGCUACACCUUCCAGGGCGGGGACGACGGCGACGGCGACUUCUUCGUCGAGCCGUACUCCGGGAUCGUCCGCACGGCGCGGAGGCUGGACCGGGAGAACGUCCCGGCCUACAGGCUCAGGGCCUUCGCGGUGGACCGCGGCGUCCCCCCUCUCCGGGCGGCGGUGGACGUCCAGGUGUCGGUGCUGGACGUCAACGACAACGCGCCGGCGUUCGAGAGGGACCGGCUGGACGUCUUCGUGGAGGAGAACAGCCCCGUUGGGUCCGUGGUGGCCCAGAUCGCGGCGUCGGACCCGGACGAGGGGAGCAACGCCCAGAUCAUGUACCAGAUCGUGGAGGGCAACGUCCCCGAGGUCUUCCAGCUGGACGUCUUCACGGGGGACCUGGUCCCCCUGGCGGACCUGGACUUCGAGUCCAGGGCGGAGUACGUGAUCGUCGUCCAGGCGACCUCGGCGCCGCUGGUCAGCCGGGCCACCGUCCGUGUGCGCCUGGUGGACGUCAACGACAACGAGCCCGUCCUGAAGGACUUCGAGAUCGUCUUCAACAACUACGUCACCAACAAGUCCAGCAGCUUCCCCGCGGGGGUCAUCGGGAAGGUCCCCGCCCGCGACCCGGAUGCUUCCGAUAAGCUCCGCUACGCCUUCGUGGAGGGGAACGAGCUGAGCCUCCUGCUCCUGAACCCGGACACGGGCGACCUGCGGCUCAGCAAGGACCUGGACAACAACCGAGCCCUGGAGGCCGCCAUGAAGGUGUCCGUCACGGACGGGCUCCACGUCGUCACGGCGCUCUGCACCCUGCGCGUCACCAUCGUCACGGACGACAUGCUGACCAGCAGCAUCACGGUGCGCCUGGAGAACAUGUCCCAGGAGCGCUUCCUGUCCCCGCUCCUCUCGCUCUUCUCCCAGGGCGUGGCCGCCGUCCUCUCCACCGCCGCCGACCGCGUCUUCGUCUUCAACGUCCAGAACGACGCCGACGCCCACGGCGGCCAGGCGGCGGUGGCGGCGGCGGCAGGCAUCCUCAACGUCACCUUCUCGGCCCUGCCCCCCGGGGCCCCGCCCGGGCGCUUUGUCCCGUCCGAGGAGCUGCGGGAGCGCGUCUACCUCAACCGCACGCUCCUGACGCGCGUGUCCGCGCAGCGCGUGCUGCCCUUCGACGACAACAUCUGCCUGCGCGAGCCGUGCGAGAACUACAUGCGCUGCGUCUCCGUGCUGCGCUUCGACAGCUCGGCGCCCUUCAUCGCCUCCGACACCGUCCUCUUCCGGCCCAUCCACCCGGUGAACGGCCUGCGCUGCCGCUGCCCGCGCGGCUUCGCGGGAGACUACUGCGAGACGGAGGUGGACCUCUGCUACUCCGCCCCCUGCCUCAACAACGGGCGCUGCCGCAGCCGGGAGGGCGGCUACACCUGCGAGUGCCCGGAGGACUUCACCGGCGAGCGCUGCGAGGUGGACGCCCGCUCGGGGCGCUGCGUCCCGGGCGUGUGCCGGAACGGCGGGACGUGCGUGGACCUGCUGGUGGGGGGGUUCGCGUGCCGGUGCCCCGCCGGGGCCUUCGAGGGGCCCUACUGCCGCGUGGGCGCCCGCGGCUUCCCCGGCCAGUCCUUCAUCACCUUCAGGGGCCUCAAGCAGAGGUUCCACUUCACCGUGUCUUUCAUGUUCGCCACUCGCGAGCGGAACGCGCUGCUGCUGUACAACGGGAGAUUCAACGAGAAGCACGACUUCAUCGCCCUGGAGAUCGUCGACGAGCAGAUCCAGCUCACCUUCUCUGCAGGAGAGACCAAAACUACGGUGUCACCCAUUGUCCCCAGCGGGGUCAGCGAUGGCCAGUGGCACUCUGUUCAGCUGCAUUAUUACAACAAGGAUAGCCUGCACCUCCUGGACUCCAGCGGGGUGCUGCGUAUCCCCCUUUACACAGCUUGGCUGGAGCUGACACACAAGGAGCCCAACAUCGGACGCUUGGGCAUUCCUCAGGGACCCUCGGGGGAGAAGGUGGCGGUGGUCGCCGUGGACGACUGCGACAUCGCCAUGGCGGUGCGCUUCGGGAGCCAGCUCGGGAACUACUCCUGCGCCGCCCAGGGAACACAGACCGGCCAGAAGAAGCGCGGUGACCUGACGGGCCCGCUGCUGCUGGGCGGGGUUCCCGACCUCCCCGAGGACUUCCCGGUGCGGAGCGCGAAACUUGUGGGGUGCAUCUUGCACCUUGACCAUCGAACGAGGCAGUGUGACAUGGGGGAGUCGCCACACGGGACCACGGCGGGCUGUGCGGCGAAGAGGGACUUCUGCACAGGGAACCUGUGCCAGAACGGCGGGCUGUGCGUUAACCAGUGGAACACGUACUCCUGCAGCUGCCCUCUGAGCUAUGGAGGGAAGAACUGCGAGCAAGCAAUGCCGUCCCCCCAGCUCUUCGACGGCCGCGCCCUGGUGUCCUGGAGCGACCCGGACGUCACCAUCGGGGUGCCCUGGUACCUGGGCCUGAUGUUCCGCACGCGGCAGGGCCACGGGACGCUGAUGCAGGUGGACGCUGGAGACGCCUCCCAGAUCAGCCUACUGAUCAGGGACAGCCUGCUGUGCUUCGAGGUGGCGCUCGGGGAGAAGGCGCUGGCGUCGCUGGCGCUGCCCCAGGUGCGGGUGAACGACGGGCGGUGGCAUCACGUCCUGGUGGAGCUCAAGAGCGCCAAAGAUGGGAAGGACAUCAAGUACAUGGCGCUGGUGUCUCUGGACUACGGCAUGUUCCAGAGGACGGUGCAGAUCGGGAACGAGCUGCCGGGCCGGCGGCUGAGGAGCCUGUCCGUGGGCGGGGUGCCGGGGCCCGACGGCUCGGUGCUGCGCGGGUUCCAGGGCUGCAUGCAGGGGGUGCGGAUGGGGGAGACGGCCACCAACACGGCCAACGUCAACAUGCAGCAGGGCCGGAGGGUGGGGGUGGAGGAGGGCUGCGGCACGGCCGACCCCUGUGGCCCCUCCUCCUGCCCCCAGCACAGCCGCUGCAGCGACGCCUGGAACGCGCACACCUGCGUCUGUGAGCCAGGGUACUUUGGGAAGGACUGCGUGGACGCCUGUCAGCUCAACCCGUGCGAGCACGUGUCCAGCUGCGUCCGCGCGCCCAGCUCCGCCCACGGCUACGCCUGCCAGUGCGGGAGCAGCUACUACGGGCAGUACUGCGAGAAGAAGGUGGACCAGCCAUGCCCCAGGGGCUGGUGGGGGAACCCCGUGUGCGGACCCUGCGGCUGUGACGUCAAGAAGGGCUUCAACUCGGACUGCAACAAGACCACCGGAGAGUGCCGGUGCAAGGAUAACUACUACAGGCCGGAGGGAGAGGACGCGUGCUACCCGUGCGAGUGCUACGCGCUGGGGGCGCUGGGGCGCGCCUGCCACGCCCGCUCGGGGCAGUGCCGCUGCAAGCCGGGCGUCAUCGGCCGCCGGUGCAACCAGUGCGACAACCCCUUCGCCGAGGUGGCGCCCGGCGGGUGCCAGGUCGUUUACGAGGGCUGUCCGAAGGCGUUCGAGGCGGGAAUCUGGUGGCCUAAAACCAAAUUCGGACUCCCCGCCGCCGUCCCCUGUCCCCCGGGGUCCGUCGGCACCGCGGUUCGGCACUGCAGCGAGACGCAGGGCUGGCUCCGCCCGGAGCUCCUCGACUGCACCUCCCUCACCUUCUCCCGGCUGGCCAAGAUGAGCGACGAGCUCCACGGCAACCAGACGGCGAUGGACGGGCAGCGGUCGGAGAGCGUCGCCCGGCAACUGCGGAACGCCACCGACCACACGCGCGGCUUCUACGGCAACGACCUGCGGACGGCGCACCACCUGAUCUCCCAGGUGCUGCGGCACGAGGCCCGCCAGCGGGGCUUCCUCCUGGCCGCCACGCGGGACGCGCAGUUCCACCAGAAUAUCGUCAGGGCGGGAAGCGCCAUCCUGGACCCUAGCAACAAGGAGCACUGGGACCUGAUCCAGCGGUCGGAGGGAGGCUCCGCCCACCUGCUGCGUGACUUUGAGGAGUACGCCGGCACGGUGGCGCAGAACAUGAGGAAGACCUACCUGAAACCCUUCACCAUUGUGACGGACAACAUGAUCCUUGCCGUGGAUUACCUGGACUCCUCCGAUCCGGACCGCGCGAAGAUGCCUCGCUUCCCCGAGAUCCAGGAGCCGUAUCCCGAAGACCUGGAGUCCUCCGUGCAGUUCCCGGAGUUCACGGAAAACACGGCGGACGGCGAAGGUAGACAUUCGCCCUGGGGGACGCGCACCGUCCCGCCUUUUCGUUCUACUGGGGUACACCCCCUCAGCUCUCGCGUCUAUAGAAAACCCCGCUCACAAAAGCCAGUGUCAAUCUCCACACACAAACUCAGAGCUGCCGUCCCCUCUCCCUCCUCACUGCCCAUGCGGCCCGUCAUCAACACGGCCGUGGUGAGCGCCGUGGUGCACCGCGAGGGGGGGCCCCUGCCCGCCCGCCUGGAGCGCCCCGUCACCCUGGAGUACCGCCUCCUGGAGACGGAGGAGCGGAGCAAGCCCGUCUGCGUCUUCUGGAACCACUCCGUCCCGGUCGGCGGGCCGGGCGGCGGGACGGGCGGCUGGUCCUCGAGGGGGUGCGCGCUGGCGUCCCGAAAUGCCACCCACGUCAGCUGCCGCUGCAGCCACCUGACCAGCUUCGCCGUGCUCAUGGACGUGUCCAGACGAGAGCACGGGGAGGUCCUCCCCCUGAAGGCGGUGACCUACGCCUGCCUGGCGGUCUCCCUGGCGACGCUCCUGCUGACGCUAGCCGUGCUAGCCGCCCUCCGCGCGCUGCGCUCCAACCUGCACAGCAUCCACAAGAACCUGCUGGGGGCGCUCUUCCUCUCCCAGCUCACCUUCGUCGUCGGGAUCACCCAGACGGAAAGCCCGCUGCUGUGCUCGGUGGCGGCCAUGCUGCUGCACUACUUCCCCAUGUGCGCCUUCGCCUGGAUGUUCGUGGAGGGCCUGCACGUCCACCGCAUGCUGACCGAGGUGCGCAACAUCGACCACGGCCGCAUGCGCUUCUACUACACCGUGGGCUGGGGCCUCCCCGCCAUCAUCACCGGCUUGGCUAUGGGGCUGGACCCCCAGGGCUACGGGAACCCGGACUUCUGCUGGCUGUCCAUCCACGACACGCUCAUCUGGAGCUUCCUGGGCCCCGUCGCCGUGGUGGUUCUGGUCAACGUUGUCGUGUUUGUGCUGGCCGGGAAGGCCGCCUGCGGUCGAAGGCACCGGCCGUUCGAGAAGUCCGGAAUCAUCUCGGCCCUGCGGACCGCCUUCCUGCUCCUGGUGCUCAUCAGCGCCACCUGGCUGCUGGGCCUGUUGGCGGUCAACAGCGACGUCUUGGUCUUCCACUACCUGUUCGCCAUCUUCAGCUGUCUGCAGGGCGUGUUCGCGUUCCUCUUCUACUGCGUGCUGAACAAAGACGCGCGGAGGGGCCUGAAGGCUGCCGUCACGGGGAAGACAUCGACGACCGUUCCGGAAGAUUCCACCACGACCCGCGCCUCCCUCCUGACGCGCUCGCUGAACUGCAGUAACACGCACACGGACGAGGGGGCGCUGUUCCGCACGCCCAUCGGGGAGUCCACCGUGUCCAUGGAGAGCACCGUCCGGUCAGGACAGAGCCACAGUGGCAGCUACCGCAUCUACACCCUCAGGGACGGCUCCAGGCAGAAGCUCGGCGGGUCGUCCAGCGCGGCCAAAGCAGCCCGCGGGGAGGGAGAGCCCGCCUCCCACCGCCGCCGCACCAAACGCCGGGGCUCCGAUUCGGACAGCGAGGGCUCGGGGGAGGAGCGGAGCGGCUCCUACGCCUCCUCGCGCUCCUCCGACACUGAGGACGGCGGGGCGGACCCCGAACCCAAGUGGAACAACGAGCGGGAGCCCCUGCACAGCACCCCACGAGUGGACUCCGUGUCCAAUCACGUGAAGCCUUACUGGCCGGUGGCCACGACCACGUGCAGCGACAGCGAGGGCGUGGGCGUGGGCGUGCCGGACGAGCUGAGGGCGGAGACCAAAGUGAGGGUGGAGCUCCACCCGGAGGGCAAGCUGAACCACGACGGAGACCCGCCCCCGCCGGACAAGGAGCUGCCCGCGGAGCCCCCCGACCAGCAGGGGGCGCCCACGGCCCAGCCCAACAGCAAACUCAAGCCGGAGCACAGGAAGGGAAUCCUGAAAAACAAGAUCGCCUACCCUCCGCCUCUUUCGGACAUGAAGAACAUGAAGAACCGCCUCCGGGAGAAGCUGUCGGACUACAACCCCCCCGCCAUCGCGCCCCGGACGCCGUCGGCGGGGUCCGGCGAGGGGCCCCGCCCCAGCAACGGCACCAACGGCGUCCUGAUCAAGCCCCCCCGAGAGCGGCCCAACGGGGUCGUCGUGGCGCUCCAGGGCGGGGUCGUCAACGGAGGCCACGCCUCCGACUCAGAUGGCAGUAAUGAGACUUCAAUCUGACCGUGCAGGAGAGGAGUUUCGACUAGACCGUGCACGCGGGGUGCCCCGCCCCCUGCAGACACUGCAGGCCACACCCCUUCAGCUCCCAUGGAGACCAGUAUUAUGGCGGACUUGCGCCUGCCAGAUUAUAAGGGAAUGUGAUAGACCUGUGCCAAACUGCGGGCGGAGGUGGAAACUGCAUCUCCCAGCAUGCAACUGUGAUCUUCAGACUGAAGCCUGGGAUGAUGAAAGAGGGACGGAACACUGGCAUAAUCACUUUUUUAUACAGAAACCCAAGCGGAGCCAAUCACCACCAAUCAUAGAGCAUGUUGGUACUGAUAAACAGAGCAACGGCAACUGUAAUUGGUCAAUAACUUCUGGUUAUACUGCCUUUAUAUAAUUAGAGACCUUGGAUAACCAAAUAGUGUUCCAUCAAAUAGUGUUCCAUUACCACUGGCUUGGUUUGUUUGUUAUUGCCAAUAUACUGUCUGAUUGGAGGGGUUCCUCUUUGGUUUAUGAGUGAGAGGUGACAACAACAGAGUCCGUUUUCCAUCUCUGAAGACCCAGGAAGUAGAUGUAAAACGUCAAAUACACGACUCAGUGACCAGGCGGCGCCGUUUCGCUGUUGCUCACCCCAGUUUGGUGCCAAGCGUGACGGACAGAGCCAGACAUCACGGCGACGCCAGGAUGGGACGUGGCCCCCGCAUGGUCCCAUAGGAGCCACCGGAGCAGGGGUCAUGGACACACCCUAGGCGAACUGGGACUGCCGGAUUUCUGCAGGGCAAACUGUCCUAAGGGGGCUCCCUCCCCCAGAAGGAAAGAGCCCCCCCUGCCCACAGAACCGAAACAGUCCCAACAGUGGACCCCCCCGUGUAAAAAUGUGUAGAUAAUUUUAUGACGGUAUAUUUUUGUAUUCCGUUUGAAAGGACGGAGAGAAACGUUUAUUAUUUGUAUCUUGCGGUAAGUGUUCUUAGGGUUACGUCGUGUGCCCUCGCUGGACCUUCCCCUGUUGGGUUAAUAGGAGGCUGCUCUUAGGUGUUUAGUUUGCACGUUUGUCCCUCGGCAUCGACUUGUCCAGUCUAAAAAUGGCAUUCGUCGUGA